AUAUAGGUAUAUUAGGUAUCCUGAUCCUGUUCCUGUAUUUAUUUUUCCAAAAAUUAGAAAUUCAAUUGCUGACAAAAUGUCGUGAAUGAAAUGUUCAAGCGCAUGAAUGAAAAUAAUGCUCUUACGCGUUUUGCGAUGUCGCAUUAUAUUAAUAACUAUAUUUAUUGCUACUGGACUAUGUGUUUACUUGUUUCCGCAGUUUAAAUUGUAUCCGAUUGCUCCUGUGACUGUAGCUCCUAGCCCUUCACAUCCCAAAACGUCCCGCCAUAUAUCAAAAUUGCUGACUGUCGUGUUCCGUCAAUUUGAAGACUUCGAAAAUGACAUCGCGGACAGCGUGCAGUCGUUCGUAUCGGCGUUCCCUAACGUGCCAGUGGUUGUGGUCUGCGAGACGGCUCCGUACCCACCUUUCCCAUUCUCCGCUAGCAACGAGACCCUUCGGAACGUGAAGGUGGUAACAUUAGAACUGCGGCUCAACGCAGCGCCAAAGGAAUUGGAUCCUUUGACAUAUAUUCACACUGAUUAUGUGCUGUUUGUACCUGACUCGACGCGCGUCUCGCGGCGAGUGCUGCAGCAAGCGGCCAUCGCCGCCACGGCACCCUCAGCCGCUGCUGUAGCUGUAGGAGGCGCAAACGCGCGUCUUAUUUGCCAACAUAUCAAGUGGAAUUAUGCAGAUUGGACUCUUCAGUACAAUAAGGAUGCGUCUGGGAAGAUCUGUGAUGCAGUUCACGGGCAGCAUGCCUUGUUAAUUAAAACAGCACAUUUGCACUCCUUCCCACAGCCUUUUGUGUUGCCAUUCCCCGAGUCACUCUAUUUACAAAUGUCAGCAAAAGAUCUGAAGGUACAAAUUCUUGAAGGAAAGCUAGGAGGCGGCAGAGGAGUAUUAAAAAGUCCCUCUGCAAGACAGAAGUCCAUACGCCAUAUGAGGGAUGCAAGAGUUGCUCUUUACAAGAUGUUAGGAGUUAAAGCUAUGAUUAGGGAAGAUGGGAGGGUGCAGUGGUUUGGAUGUAAAAGGGAAACACAACGUUGCUUCCCAUCAGUGCAAGGAACACCUUCAUACAUCUUGUCCCACCGCAACACGCCGCCAUGUUGCCGACGCAACAUGCGGCGGAGCGCCACGCACGUGCUGCGAGCGUUAGCUCAGGCCGGCGCGCGCUGCUGGCUAGAGACCACGUCGCUGCUGGGCGCCGUCGUGCGUGGGGACCUCCUACCUUGGGCAGAGCAUGUGGAGAUCGGCAUCCACGCGUCCGACGUGCCGCGCGUGCCGUGGCUGCAACGGGGCGGCGCAGACCCCGAAGGCUAUGUAUGGGAACGCGCAACUAAAGGGCACUACUAUAGAGUGGCCUACUCCGCUACCAACAACGUAUACGUGCUAGUACUCCCAUUCGCAGCCAAGAACGGGACCAUGUGGCCUGCGGACUGGGUGCUGGCGCAUCAGAAGCCGUUCCCGGAGAGGCACUUGCAUCCACUUGCUCAGAUACAAUUUGCUGGACGCCAGGCGCCGGCGCCAAACGACGCAAGCGCUUUCUUAGACCUCAAGCUCGGCGCCGCGGCCGUCGAGAGGUGCAACCGGAUUGGACCCAAGCUGUUAUAUCCAUAAGGGUCAUUUAAGAUUGAGAUCACACACAAAUCAGAACUUGCUACAAACAAAAUUUAAUCUGAAGAAUUUAGGAACAAGAAGUGUCAAGGACUGAUAUUGAAUUUACGACAAAAUACUAAUAUGGAAGGUCUAUUUGUGUGGCACGUUACAACAAAAUAGACAAGGCACAUCACGCGUGUAGUUAAAGUAGUUUUUAAAAUAUUAUGAAAUCGCCAUUCCUUAUGUACGAGUAUGAUCUCAUUGUCUAGUCAUGAAUCAUGAUUUCAUCGCGACCAAAGAAAUUAGUAAGUAAGUUUUAACAGUAUUUUUGAAUCUACUAGAUAAUUGUAAUGCUCGCCUUGAAUGAAAUGUGUUUAGAUUUUGACUAGUACCUAUACAUUUUGAUCUCAAAGGCAUUUCAUAUAUUGUAAGAAAAAUAUGAAGAUGUUUGUCGAUCAGGUUGUCAUGUUACAAACCAAUAAGUAAUUAAUGGGGCAUUCCCGAACUUCUGAUAAAGCUAAGAAGCCGGUAUUCCUCAUGAUAACGUUUGAUAACUUAGCUUUUAAUUCAACGAUAUAUAAUACAGAUUUCUGCAGGUUAUUAAGGUAGCUGCCAUACGCGUCACGUCCCAGAUAAAGCAAACCUUUUUGUGAAAUGCCCCAAAUACCUACCUACCUGUCUCAGCACAAAUUCCAUGCAUGUAUACGAGGUUUAUAAAUAAUAAUGAAAAUUAUGUUAUGUGUACUAGAGAGAUUUUAUUGUAACCGAUAUUGAGGUACAUACAUUUAAAAAAAAAAACAUCACUUUCUUACUUUGAAUAUACUGUACUAUAUAACAUAUUCUAUGUUCACGAGCACUUUCGAUCCUCAGAGGGACAAAAACUAUUCCAACUCAUUCAUAAAUUGUUCAUAAAUUCUGGAAGAUAUCGCUUUAAGCGAUAAGACCGCCUAUUGCUUACCACUGGUCGAGUAAUACAGCAGUAUUAUCUGUAUAAUUUUCUUGAAUUGCGGUGUGCAAGAAAAAGUAUUUAUAUUAUAUUGUAGGUUAUUGUAUUGAUACUAGAUUCUGUUAUUGUCAUAGAAGGUUAUACGGCAAAGGUUUUAUGAUAAGAAUUCGAUGUAAAAGAACCAAGCUCACUUGUGGCAGUUGUGGCAAAGAGGAGCCCGGAUAAUAAUUCGAAUUUCAAAAAUCUAAAAAGUAGUGGAGGAUUUUUUCGUCCCAUUCCCCUUAACCCUACGAAUGCCUUGUCCCGUACACGUCACAGCCAAUUUGAACUUUAAUAUACAAUCUCAAGGUUAUUAAUUCAGUAGCAAAUUUUUGACACGGGCGUUCGAGGGGUUAAGAGCCCAUCAAAGUGCUCACUAGCGCCACUGCUAAAUAAUUGUAAUCAUUAAAAUUUAACGAUAGAUAUUUAAAAUUGUAUUUAAGUACCUUUUGAAUACAUCAAACUAGUUUUUAUGAACUCAAAACAAAAACGGCCGUUUUAACUUUGGACGCAUAUAUUGACGAAUCCAGCAACGUAAAAACUAUUAUAGUGUAUUCAAAAGGUACUUAAAUACAAAACACAGUACAUAGCGGCCCCCUUUUUUAAAUAUCUAUCGUUAAAUUUAAAUAAUCACAAUUAUUUUGCAGUGGCGCUAGUGAGCACGUUGAUGGGCUCUUAAACGUACCUAAUUUAAAAUCUAUAGCUCAAAUAAUGGGUCACUCAUGUAUUAUAGUUGUGCUCUCGAUGGUUGAUGAUUCUUGCAUCGGAUCAAACUGCGUUAAUAAUUAAAAACACGUCCUCAUCAUUAC